UUAGAUGUCCGGAUUUCGAAACAAUGGUGUUAUGCAUCUCCUCUACAUUUAUCGCUUCAGAUUUCAUGCAUUUUACUCAACAGCUGCGGCAGCUCGUCACACCAAGCACUUGGUGGAGACACUGGUGAACUCACUUGGGUUCUCUACAGAAGAAGCCAUUUCUACAAGCACAAAGGUAAGUCGCUUGAGACCAGAAAAUAUAAGCCUCUUUUAGUCUUUAAUUUCUUCGAAAAAUCUGGUUUAGAUAAAACCCACAUCAAAAAACUUGUUUCUUCAGUCCCUGCAUUGAUGCUAUGUGAUGUAAAUAAACACCUUAAACCCAAAAUUGAAGUACUUCAAGAACUUGGCUUUUCAGGGUCGGAUCUUGUCCAAAUUAUUUCCAACAGUGGGAAAUUCUUCACCACAAGGGUAGACUGUUAUACAAGAGCAAAUGUUGAUUAUCUUCGGAAACUAUUGGGUAAUGAUGACUCUGUAGUUAAAAUCAUUAAGAGAAAUCAUAUGGUGCUUACUUAUGCUCUUCAUGAAGUAAUGCCACCCAAUAUAUCGUUCCUGCAAAAUAUUGGGUUAUCAUGUAUGGAUAUAGAGAAGCUUAUGUUUUGGAAUCCUGGGCUUUUAGUUCAAAAAACUGAGUGGCUCGAAGACAUAGUGAGUCGAGUAGAAAAAAAAUAUCACAUUUAUCGGGGUUGCCCCAUGUUUCUCUAUGGAAUUUAUGCACUUGCAUCUCUCAAAGAAUCGACUUUGGAAAAGAAAUUUGGAAUUUUCAGGAGUUUUGGGUGGUCUGAUUCGGACAUUUUUACAUUGGUUCAAAAACACCCUGCCUGUUUCAGCCAAUCAGAAGACAAGCUCAAAAAUGCGUUAAGUUUUUUUAUGAAGGAACUCGGAUAUGAAUCUAAUUACCUGGUUUCUCACCCCGCGUUUUUGACUUAUAGCUUGGAGAAAAGGAUUAUGCUUAGACAUAACAUUUUGAAGCUAGUCAAUCAGAAGGAGCUAACAAAGUGUAGUCGGAGCUUCUAUACCGUUGUGCUAUGGUCUGAGUUGAAGUUCUUAGAGAGCUAUGUGCUGCCUUUUAAGGAUGAGAUACCUGAGGUGUAUGAUUUAUACGUCAAAUGCAGAAGCUAAUGGAGCAUCUUUAGUUUUGGGAGGUGGACUACUUCAGCAUGUCUCGUGGAGUCUCUUCUCUCAAUUUGAUCAAGAGUGGGCAUGAAGAAGCUUUUGUUUGCAUAACGAACAUAAUGGUUCUACAUGUUGCAGCAAGAAAUUUUGGCUCAAAAUACUUCAGAAAAUCAUUUAUGUACUGGUAUCAUUGUCAUUUUUUCCUUAAUAACAUAGUGGGUGGGGACAAUUUGGAAAUCAGUUAUCGUAGGCUAACAAGGUUAUUUUACGGGAAUAGGGAAAACAAAGUGAGAAUCUUUUAGGUUUCCACUAGGCUUUCACCAGAUUAACUAAGCUUUACACCGUUAUGUCAUGUUCGGAAUCAAAGUCUCUACAGAAAUAUGUACUGCCUUUCAGGAAUGAUAUCUGAGGAUUCUGAGGUUCAUGAUGCGUACGUCAAAGGUAGAGGUGAAAUUGAAGAUUCAUUUAUGGUAAGAUGCAGACUGCAGAUUCUUUGUUUCCGAGGUUCUUUCUUAAUAUUGUUCUUUCAAUCCUCUCUAAGAUAUCUGCUAACUCACAUGUUUUUUUUUUUU